GAUGAGACUUUGAUUCGUCGUGCAAUGCAACGCAACGCAACGCAACGCAACGCAACGCAACGCAACGCAACGCAAUUGCGUUUUGUGAAUGCUGCAAUCACGAAUCAGUGAAUGUGAACCUUUCCGCGCAUCUCUCAUCGAUCAAGAGUCGUGCUCCAUGGCUGUCGCCUGUUCUUUGACGUCGAGCACGUAGACCUCUCUGGACGGAGCCUCAUGAACCACUGGCACUCACGUUUGGCUUGACUCAACAUCACUUGUACUCCAGACGCGUCCAUCUGUCCACCGACCACGCGGACGAACGACCAUCACGACACUAUCACGACAUUCGCCAGCGCCAAGACAUGGUCCUCUGAGCUGCUCCAGAGAAAUUCCCCUCAUCGAAUCUCCAGCUCGAGCUGCUCCACAUUCUGCCUCAGGAUGUCGAGUCACGCCCCUUCUGAAGAGGCCAAGGUUUCGACUACACCUUCGACGAGUCAUCCCGUGCAAUCAGAUUCAAUACUUCCGACUACCGCCAUUCUAGUGCCUCUGCUGCUCCUGCUCUGGCGCAGUGGACCAUUCAACAUCUUGCUUGUCAUCGCAUCUACAGCCGUGCUGCUGCUCUCACCAUGGAUCCGCUUAUUGCUGUGUCUACCUACAAGCACGUCAGACAAGCCAUCGAUGGCAGCUUGGGAUCCAGCACGUUUCCUGCCGCUAGUGGGUCCUGCACCUCCUCCGCCCGCGACAUCUCCACCAGAUGCUGGCGCGAAUCAGAAAGGAAGGGUACGACCACGGGCAAAGAGGCCGAACAGGAUGAACGACAGCCUGCGCAGACCUUUGGACGAGCUGACGGAGCUUGUGGUGAGGGACUUCGUGUGCAGCUGGUACAAUGGCCAGACGCUUGCCCACUCAUCUUUUCCGCGAACUGCUCAUUUCACGAUCGACGAAAUGGUCGAUUCAGUGCAUGCCAGGGUCAGCAGCAGUACUCGAAGCGUGGACAUCGCUUCUGAGCUGCUUCAUACACUUACCUCGGUCAUGUACACGGUGCUCAAAGCAAGAAGGACAGUGCCGCCCGAAAUACCCUCUCAGGGCAUCUAUUCGACCUCCACAGAGAGGACAGACAGGCUCAGAAUAGCGGUGGAACACUUCUUCGAAAGACAUCUUCCUCGCGAGGAACGAAGCAGCUCCUUGGUCCGUGAGCUUCUGAGAGAGAUAGCCACGAGGAAGUUGUGGGACGUCAUUGGCGCCUGCGGUGAUCCCGAUUUUAUCAAUCGCAAAAUCGUCGAGUGGGGCGAUAAGCAGCAGGAGAAGCAGAUUGCCCAUCCUGUCGGCGUGGCAGCGCCUUACUCGGGUCCCCGAACCCCUUCGCUUGAUGUGGAUCCAGUCCUACUGGGUCAAGCUCGAGCUGAGGCGCAGUUGGAAGCCUCGGCUGCACCACAAGCUGGUGAGCUGGCACCUCAGGACGAGGUCGUUCCUGCUCCCGACGCUCCCGCAGCCCUUCCGACGGCACAAAGGGCAGCAUUACAAACACCAGAACAGACAUCGGAGUCUAUGCGCCCUGCGAUCAAUCCUGCUGGAGGCGACAGUGUAUCAUUGAAGUCCAGCCUCAUGGCACCAUCGCCUUCACCCAGUCUCACCACCCAACAGCCUCGACCACAAAUGGGCAUCAUGGCACCGCCCAUCUCGCCCGGACCUCAGACACAGCAGCCUCGAGCCAAGGCCAUGCCCAGUCCAAGCGUCCGCAGCUUCAUCGAAGCGGAACACCAGAAUGCGACACAUGCGUCUGCCGCUCCUUCGCCGACGGCUGGGAUGCACAUCGCAAGCCCUAGUACGUCAUCUCUUCGGGGUCAGGCCCGCAGUCCAGCUCCAUCCUCGGAUCAGGUGCGGUGCAGUGGAGAGCAGAAGCGAUCGCUGGACGCGCUGCCAGAGUCACCUUCGUACCACCCGAGAUCUAGAACGACGUCUCACAUUGGCACGCAACCUGCUCGAGCGCCUCUGAUGGGUCCGCCGCCAUUGCCCAAUCGCAAGCCUGACGCAGACUCGUCCAGACCUAAAGUGCAAGAUGAGAACUGGACGCCGCCGAUCGACCACGCUAUGCCGUCUAACAUCCCAUCUAGCGUGCACGAGCCCGAUCUGCCCGCCUCUUUACGUGACUCCUUGACCUCGGAGGGUCAACGAGAUCCCCGCUCGGUCACUUCGGGUGACUCGGCCUCUAACGCCGGGGAAGCAACUCCUUCCGAUGACGCGUACGUUGGGGGUUAUCGCAUCGCAGACGAAAGUGCCUUGGAGCAGCGUGAUCACGAAUCCCGUUCAGAAGAGGGGAAGCAGAGACACGAGGCCUCAUUGGAUUCUGAGGCAUCUCAAAUCCGACCAGUCCUUCCACCGCGGCCGGCGGACAAAGUUUCGGAAUCUCAAACCUCUCCUACCAAGAGUGGCGCGCCCGUGCCUCGAGCGCCUCCCUUGGCUCAGGUACUCACUCGUUCAGACAGCGACAAGCUCGCCAGGCUGCGAGACGCCUUCGAGUCUUGGCUCGACCGGGGAGGCACGACGGCUGCUUCAGCCCCUGCAGGCGCUCGUGUGCAGCCGGGAGAAGGAGAGGCCUUGCUGCGGCUGCACAUCGGCCUUGCUACCGUAGCGCGGCUUGUCCCGACUGAUUCCGAACAAGGCGAGGUGUUCAGACCAGAUGCUUCGUCAAUUUUGACAAAGGCGCGAGAAGCGCUGUCAUCCGCAAAUAGCACGGGAGAAGUGAAGCAGGUGCUGGAUGAUGCUGUCCGACGGCUGGAGCUAGGCGAGCAGGAAGGCGGUGUACGAGAAGUUCUCGCGCCAGUCGAACGUGCUCUGUGGGCCAGGCUGACCGCCCUGUACACUGCUUUUUGGCAAGACACUCAGGCGGCCGCUCGCCAGAGAGCGGAAGGCAAUGAGGCCGCAGGAUCGAGCAGCUCAGCCCCUGGGCACGCUCGCACGUUGUCUUACGAGCCUCGCAAGAAGCCUGCGCCGGCUGUCAGCGCUUCCGCUGUACCCAACGGAGCAGCGUCCGCGCUGCCUGCUAGAGUCGCCAGUCCAGCACAGGCUGCCGGUGGCGCGCCCUCCGGAGGGUCACUCGAAGACACAGAGCCUCUCCGGUCCCGGCCUUCUAGCGUUGACCUGAAAAGGUCCUCAACUUCCAGUAGCGUGGCCCCGCAUACCUCUAAUCAGCUCGGCGUCACUGUCACAGACGUAUCACCGAAUGCUGAGCGCCCGAAUGCGACUGUCGAUCCGCGAACGCUGGAGCUGAUGAUCGCGGUCGAGGGUCUAGCCAAUGACGCCGGCGGCUUCGUUUUCAUUCGAAGGUGGUCAGAAUUUGAGACUUUGGAAAAGGAACUGAGGAGAACGCUUACGAUGGCUUCCAAUCCGAUAUCUUAUGAGACCAGCGGCGCCGCAGGGGCUUCGGAAGCGUUCAGCCUUCUCGAUGGUCCCUCCAAGUUGCCACCACCGCCGGUGGAGUUACCAAAAGCUAGGAAGUGCACCAGCGCGGUGAUUGGUCCCGCGGUUGAACGCUACCUCAUCGGUCUUCUAUCAAGCCCAGACCACGUGGCAAGUGCGCCGGUGCGCAGCUUCAUCGACAAGACCAAGGCUGGCGCGCCUGCCAGUGCACGAACGAAUUCCAUCGUAAACACCUUGGCUCUUGGACGGGGCAUCGGUCAAGGCGCGCAAAGAUUCGCAAACGGCGUCGGAGGCUUCGGGAAGACUGCCCUCAGCUCACUGCAGCGAGAAGGUACCAACGCUGUCAAUGUGGCUGCACGCGGGGUGGCAGCUGUGCCAGACGCUGCCAAUGUGGCAGCUAGUACGGUUGCAAGCGUUCCGGCCGCUGCCUACAACGGCCUUGCACCAGUUGGGGACGGCGUGCGCGACGGCUUGGCUGGGCCCACAGGCACAGCCCAGCGUCCGUCACCGCUAACAACGCACGAUGUGAAACGGUUCCAGGACACGCUUGCUCCGCCAGACACUCCGACUCUGCGUCGAUCAGCCUCGGAAGAAGAAGCAGCGGCAGAGCUUAGGGCGAUGACGGCCAAGACGCGAGCGGCUCAGGAGCAGCAGCUGCAAGAUGCCGGACCUCAAGCUCCCGUUUCGGAAUUGAGUCAAAGAGAUUUGGACGCACUGCUCGCGGGAGUGUUUGCUGUGGCGGAUGAAGCCUUUCAUCUUUCUGGAGGAUGGACGCUUCGGAGAGGCAUGUUGCGCGUGCUCGAACAGGUCGUGCGCGCCAAUUAUGCCAGCAGCAUUAUGGGCGCUUUCAACAGCAUGGCAGCUGCGCUCUCCACAGACGCUCUUGGCGGCUGGGUAGACCAAGCGCGAGACAAAUUCUGGCCCGCUCCCGAGGGCAAAUUCACCUUGCCUUAUGAAGAGCGCACGCCAGAGAUGAGGGCCGCUACGGCUAGGAGGGCCAAGGAGAUCGUGGUCGCUUUUGCACCCGCUCAAGCUGGAUACGUGCUCGGACCUGGGGGCAGACUUUCCUGCGAAAAGGCUCUGGCUAGGGUUCAUGAGGAACUCACUUCGCCCAUCGUUGCUUUGGACCUUGCCCUUAGCCUCGCCCUGCGCGUCUUGGACAUUGCUGUACGAUAAAGAAAAACAAAAUUGCAUGACUUGCGAUGCCAAAUCUAUCGACAGACGUGAUGCCUGCAUCACCCACUUGGCUGGUCACAUGGAGAGCACAUUCAAUGGAGGAGAUGCAUCCUGCACAUGUAGACGG